CCGGACCGGAGAUUUGCGCCGGAGCGAUGUACCGCCCAAGCCCCAUCCCUGCUCAAUGGCAGACCCUGAGGAGCUGCGGCUGUCUUCGCCGCCCCCGCCGCCCCCCUCUUCUCCCUCGUCUUCAGACGCCUCGUCAGCGUCUUCCCCCGGCGUUCCAGUGAGUUUGGGCUGGCCAGUUCCGAGCAGGAGCAGCGGCCGAACGGUGGACCCUCUGGAGGAAGUGGAGCUACAGAUUGGAGACGCAGCAUUUUCAUUAACCAAACUUCUUGAAGCCACAUCUGCAGUAUCAGCUCAAGUGGAAGAGCUUGCCUUCAAAUGUACAGAAAAUGCACGUUUCCUUAAAACAUGGCGGGACCUCUUGAAAGAAGGCUAUGAUUCUUUGAAGCCUGACAACUGAUUUGGCUGUGUAAUAAUUCAUACUUACUCAUUUUUGAUAUUUGCACAUGUACCAUAAGUAUAUGGUUGUCUCCAGCAGUUCUGUAUGUUCAGAAUGAAAUCUUCUUGGUUUUCUCACUUUUGUGAAAGCAGAAUACUGAUUCUGUUUUUCAUGCUGGAUGAUACUUAUCUUUAAAUAUUUUCUGUCCUCUAAACUUUAAAAGUCUAUUUUAUGAAAGUUAAUUUCAUCAGUAGAUAACGUUAAUAAUGCUACAGUGUUACCAAUAGAAAAAAACAUGUAGAUCAUUAUUCUGUUUGAUUUGUCAGAAGAUGUCAGAAAUGCCAGCGUUUGAAGUUGAGCUUCAUUUUAUGGACCAAGGGAAGUAACUUUAAGGUUACCAGUGUUGGCCCAGCUCCACCACGCGAAGUUCCCUGGAACUAAUGAUUGUGUCUUACUUCUUUUAUCCCCAGCACCUAGAACAAUGACUGUCAAACAACAACUAGUAAAUGUUUGAGAAUAAAAGAGUUGACAAUACAGUUAAAAGCUGUUUUUUUUUUCACAUGAAACUUAUAAUUGUUUUUCUAAAAAUAUUUGAAUUAGAACCUCACAGACUUAUUAGGAAGACAUUCUUUUCUUUAUAGGAAUUUGCAAUUUAACUGAUAACUUUUAAAAAUAUAUGAUAAAUAUUUUUUAUUCUUUAUGAUGCUUUAUAAAAAGAUUUUACUUCAGAAAAUGAAAGCCUGUCUGGAAAGAAUAUAUAUGUAUAUAUAUAAAAUUUUUCCCCUUUUUAUUUCUCAGGUUAAUUGCUAUGUGAUGUUGUAUGGUGAUUGUUCUCUUUAAAGUGCCUUAUCAAAAUUAUGGCUCUGUAUUACUGCUUUUUGAACUUUGCACAUAAUAAUUCUAAAUUCUAAAUACAAUCAUUCUAAAGAUACUUUGUUUUUAAUGCAUCAAAUUUAAAUGAUGUGAUUGGUUUCAUAUUAUUUGACUUUAAUGACAAUGUUCUACUUGUCCCAUAUUUUAGAUUGUUCUUUUUGCUGGUUUAUGUUAUAUAUUCUCCAUAACUUGUAGGCAUCUUUGAUAUGGUAUCUUAAUUUUUUUGUAGAUAUGGAGAUGUGUAUAGAACUAUAUUCUAAAGCUCGAUAGUGGGGACAAAUGGAUGGACAAAGAAUAGUAUUGUUUAGUAUAUUAGGUCAUAGUUCUUGAUUAAUUUUUUUAAGUUAAAGAUAACAUAUGAGGUGUGUUUCUACCAAAGAGAUACUUAUUUUAAUAUUAGAAAAAUAUUUUUCUUAUGUGUCAUCAAAAUUGCAAUUUUCAGAAUAUACAGAAAUAAACAUGUUCAAAGCAGAUUUUAUUUUAUUUCUUUGGGUUCAUUAUUUUAAAACUUUUACUGAAAUAUUUAAAACAUAAGAGUAAAUUAUUAGAGGACAUAUUCCCACCAUGCAGAUUUAAUAAACGUUAGCAUUUGGUUAUACAUUCUUCAAAUCUAUGUAUAUUUGUAAAUGUUAGUUACAUUUGAAAGUUUUGUUACCUCUUUGAUCCCAUCCCUUCUCUCCCCAGAGGUAACUGUUGUUCUAGAAGUGGUAUGUAUCCUAGUUUGUGUUCUUAUAUUUUUAAUGCAUAUGUAUCAAAGCAGUACAAAAUACUGUUUCAUGUAUGUGGUAGCUAGCCUCCAGAUGGCCACAAUAGUCUGCCUCCCGGUGUUUAUGCCCUUGUAUAGUCUCACACAUUAAGUAGUGCUGACUUGGGUAACUACUGGAGAUUCAGGAAACGUAGUGUGUGAUUUCUGAGGCCAUAGCUUUGUCCAUUUUUCUAUUAUUUUUUUUCCCUUAUCAAUUUGUAAGUAUUAUGUAUUUUGAAUACUAACUAAUGAUCUGUUAUCUGUGUUUUAACUAUCUUUUUGUAGUUUGUGAUUCAUCUUCAUAUUUGAUUGUGGAGUUUUCGUAAAUAAAGGUUUUUAAUGAAAUCUUA